GUGUCUGGAGGGGAGGACUCGGGAGCGCGACCAGCCGAGGGAUCGAUCGGAUUAAACUCGAUUUGAGUGAAAUUAACACAAAGGAGAGAAGAGCAACGCACACUAGUCGGCGAGGUCGCAGUUGCGAGGCACGCCGGAGAAACAUUUCAUGUAAAAUAUAAAACUUGAACUUUUUUUCCUCUGUUUAUUUAUAUUUCAAACGAAAAGGACCACGGUGGAUUUUUUUUUCAAGCAAGCGGAGAUACUAACCCUACUAACGAGGAGUUGAUUUGAUAAAAGCCCGAAGUGACCGAGCUUGUGGAAACCUGAAUGAGGACCAUGGAGUAGCAAGCUUCAAAUUAGCAGCUAGCUGAUUAGCUCCUCACUGCACAACCCACCUCCCUCCAUCCAGUCCCCUCCAUCUGUGGGCCCCUCAACCAACCAUGGCGGACCCAGGGAUGCUGAGUUUAUUUGGGGAUGAUGCAGGGUUGUUCUCAGAUGGAUUAGAUGGUUUAGACUGCUUCCCUCAGCAGCCUGCCCCAGCCCAGUCCAACCCUCUAGCCCAGCAGACUAAUCCCACUCUGAACCAUGAGCACCAGGGAAACCGGGCAUACCACCAGGGAAUGCUUCAUGGCGCUGGACCUGGCCCAGGGCAGCCAAAGUUGGGGCAGAUGUACGACCAUGGCUCAUAUGGUGGCUAUGAACAACCUGGAACCCCUGGUGGACGAAUGAUGGCCCAGAAUGGUCCGAGCCAGGGGCCACCCAACGUUAAUACAGCCAUGAAUGGCAUGGCUUCCCACUACCAUAAUAACCCAGCUAACUCUAACAACCCCCACCAUGGGUACCCGGGUGAUGCUGGGGGAGGAGGUGGUGGGGGUGGAGUUUGGGGCCAGCAACAACAGCAGCAGCAGCAGAGCCGAUCAGCUUAUCAGCAGCCUCCUACACAGACAGGGGGUGGUCCCAACCAGAUGGGAGGCUACCAGAUGUCUCAAGGCAACUAUGGUGGGAUGCAAGGCCCACCAGCAGCCAGUGCAGCACGCAUGAACCAACACUACCCUUCACAGAGCAUGGUGCCCCCUCCUGCUCAGGACCCAUCUCACUACUUGGGACAUGUUGGGAUGGCUGGGCCCCAAAUGAGACACCCCCAGCCCCAACAACAACCCCAGGGUUAUCCCAGCAUGGGUCACACACCCAGAUACCCACACUCUCCUUCCCGACAGCCUCCACAUCCCCACCAACACCAACAGGGCAUGGGGGGAUUUGGGGGAGGCCAGUAUCCUGGUUAUCAGGGCCAGUAUGGGGCCAUGGGCCCUGGGAUGGGCCAGGGUUCUAAUGCUAACGUCAGUGCAAACACCAGCCAGGCCAUGGGACCAGGGCAGCUCGGCCAGAGGUUCAACCAGGGGUCUGGCCCAGGAGGGGGGCAGCAGGCUCAGCGAUACCCCCCUGGACCACCCCAUCAGGCUCACUCUGCCCCAAUGCAGCAGCAGGCAGGGCAGCAGGGUCAACCUAUGCAUCCCCUAAGCCACCCCCAGCACCCUCAGAAUCUCCCCCAGUCCCAAAACCAGCCCCAGUCCCACCUUGCCCCCCCAGCUCAGGGAUCCUACCCCUCUCCCUCAUCCAUGUCACCCAUGCGGGUCUUGGGAGCCCCAACCCCCCCUCCCCAACAGGGUAGACCUCCUAGUGCAGGACUAGCUGGGCCCCCAGAGGUUUCAGGGUACACAGCCCUGCAGUCCCCACCCAAUGCUGUGUCACACCCACCAAGAACUCCCCAAACCCCCCUAUCUGCCACACACCCCCAACACCAGCAGCCCCACAAUAUGCCUCCCAAUGCAGGGCAGAUGUAUCCAGGCAUGGGGCCGCAGCGUAGCUUGCAAAUAGGCCCAAACAGGCCUCAGCUCCAGUCACCGCAAGGGCCUCAUGAAGCCCCAGUUGGUCAGGGAGGUGACCAGCGCCUGCUCCAGGCCCAACAGCAGGCCUCGCGAAGCGGACAAACCCUUCCGCCUUCAUCCAUGGGUUUCCAGGGUCCUGCUGUCAGUCAACAUGGAGCACCACCCACAAACCAGGCCUUAGCACCGCCUGCUCAGAAUGCUCAUGCACAGCAUCAACACCUACCCCCUCAUCCACACCACCUGCAGAGCACGCCCCCUCCCCCCAACCAGGCUUCCCACCCAUGGGCACCUCCGCCUCCUACUUCCCACCCGCUCUCCUCACCCCCUCUUACCCCACAGAAAGUGCCUCACGUACAGCAUUCCCCCACAGACCCGUCAGGCGAUGCCUCAGUGAUGGUUCCUGACAGGCCGACAGUCUGCACUGGUGCCUCCGGUCAGCCUAUCAGCACAGAGCAGCCCAGCGACCAGGAGACCAAGCCAAAAAAGAAGAAAAAGAAGAAAGCAAAAGUAGUAGAUGGAGAGGAAGAGGAGGGAGGAAAGAAAAUAGGAGAGGAAGACAUAAAGUCAGAAUUUCCCCGAAUAGGAAGUGACGCAGGAGAACAGGUUACUGGCACAGGAAUUGUAGAGGGAAGUUUGCCGCCAGUGGAGGAAAAGAAAAAGCGGAAAAAGAAACCAAAGGAGAAGGCAGAGGGCACGGAGCCCAAAGAGCCCAAGACCCCGAAGACGCCCAAAGCGCCCAAAACACCCAAGACCCCCAAAGAGCCUAAGGAGCCCAAGGAGAAAAAACCCAAGAACUCCACACCCAAAUCUAAGACCCCCAAGAAAACCAGCAGUAAGAAGGUGGAGUCAGAGGGUGGGGCUAGCGCUGCUAAGAAGGAUUCUAAGAGGAAGAGAGAGUCAUCAGUCGGUGAUGACGUGGAGGUGAAGUCCCUGCCCCCCUCACCUGCUGAGGAGGAGGAUGAUGAUGGCGUACAGAAGCGUCGCUCCAGCCGUCAAGUGAAGAGGAAGAGAUACACAGAGGAUCUGGAGUUCAGGAUUUCAGACGACGACGACAGUGGAGAUGACUCGCCAACGCCGAAGUCUCCAUCUUCAUCCCAACAACAGGAUGUGGCAGAGGCUGAAGGGCCUGUUGUGGAGAAGAUCAUGGGCAUGCGCACCACCAAGAAACAGCUUGAGUCUGGGGAGGUGGAGGUGGAGGAGUUCUAUGUCAAGUUCAAGGGCUUUUCAUACCUCCACUGUCGCUGGGCAGACCUGGAAGAACUGGAGAAGGACAAGAGAAUACAGCAAAAGGUCAAGAGGUUUAAGGCCAAGCAGCAACUCAACAACUUCAUAACUGAGAUGGAUGACGAGCCUUUUAACCCGGACUAUGUGGAGGUGGACCGUGUCCUGGACGUUUCAGAGAGCACAGAUGAAAACGGAGAGACAGUGACCUUAUAUUUGGUGAAAUGGUGCAGUCUGCCUUACGAAGACUCCACCUGGGAGCUGAAGGCUGACAUUGACCAAUCCAAGAUAGAGGAAUAUGAACGUAUUGCAGAACGCACACCCAACACUAAGAGAGUGGAUCGGCCUCAUGCAGCUGACUGGAAAAAGCAGGAGGGGUCCAGGGAUUACAGGAACGGCAACGCACUCAGGGAAUACCAGCUUGAAGGCCUCAAUUGGCUAACCUUCAACUGGUACAACUCACGUAACUGUAUCUUGGCUGAUGAAAUGGGUCUAGGAAAGACCAUCCAAUCCAUUACAUUCCUCUAUGAGAUUUACAUGAAGGGCAUUGAGGGGCCGUUCUUGGUCAUCGCCCCACUCUCUACCAUCCCCAACUGGGAGCGAGAGUUCAGGACCUGGACUGAGCUCAACGCUGUGGUGUACCACGGCAGCCAGGCCAGCCGCAAGACCAUCCAGGCCUAUGAGAUGUACUACAGAGACGCACAGGGUAAAGUAAUAAAGGGAGCAUAUCGGUUCCACGCGGUGAUAACAACCUUUGAAAUGAUUCUGGCCGACUGUCCAGAGCUACGCAGUAUCCCCUGGCGCUGCGUGGUGAUAGAUGAAGCUCACCGCCUCAAAAACCGCAACUGCAAACUACUGGAAGGACUCAAAAUGAUGGACAUGGAGCACAAAGUUCUUUUGACAGGAACUCCUCUCCAGAACACUGUGGAGGAGCUUUUCAGCUUGCUCAACUUCCUGGAGCCUGAGAGAUUCCCAUCAGAACAGACAUUUAUGACUGAAUUUGGAGACCUUAAAACUGAAGAACAGGUUCAGAAACUGCAGGGCAUAUUGAAACCCAUGAUGCUGAGAAGAUUGAAGGAGGACGUGGAGAAGAACUUGGCUCCGAAGGAAGAGACCAUAAUAGAGGUGGAGCUCACCAACAUCCAGAAGAAAUACUACCGGGCCAUUCUGGAGAAGAACUUCUCCUUCCUCUCCAAAGGAGGUGCAGGAGGAGGUGGUGGUGGUGGUGGGAGCGCCAGCGUCCCGAACCUCCUCAACACCAUGAUGGAACUGAGGAAAUGCUGCAACCACCCUUACCUCAUCACUGGAGCUGAAGAGAAGAUUGCAGAGGAGUUCAGAGAGGCCCACAAUGGUGGAGCUGACAUGCCUGACAUGGCCCUCCAGGCAAUGAUCCAGUCCGCCGGUAAGCUGGUACUCAUUGACAAAUUGCUGCCCAAACUGAAGGCUGGCGGACACCGGGUGCUGGUAUUCAGUCAGAUGGUCCGCUGCCUCGACAUCUUGGAGGACUACCUCAUCCAGAAACGAUAUCCCUACGAACGAAUAGAUGGCAGAGUCCGUGGUAACCUGCGACAGGCUGCCAUUGACCGGUUCUCAAGACCAGACUCAGACCGAUUUGUCUUCCUGCUUUGUACGAGAGCUGGAGGACUCGGUAUCAACCUGACUGCAGCAGACACCUGUAUCAUCUUUGACUCAGACUGGAACCCUCAGAACGACCUGCAGGCUCAGGCGAGAUGUCAUCGUAUUGGCCAGUCCAAGGCAGUGAAGAUCUACCGUCUGAUCACCAGGAACAGCUAUGAGAGGGAGAUGUUUGACAAAGCCAGUCUGAAGCUCGGACUCGACAAGGCUGUCCUGCAGAGCAUGAGUGGGCGAGAGAACGCCAACAGUGGGGUCCAACAGUUGUCCAAGAAGGAGAUCGAGGACCUGCUGAGAAAGGGAGCGUACGGAGCACUGAUGGAUGAAGAAGACGAAGGCUCUAAGUUCUGUGAGGAAGACAUUGACCAGAUCCUCCAAAGACGCACUCACACCAUCACUAUAGAGUCUGAGGGCAAGGGCUCCACCUUUGCAAAGGCUAGCUUUGUUGCAACAGGCAACAGAACAGACAUUUCUCUUGAGGAUCCAGAUUUCUGGCAGAAAUGGGCAAAGAAGGCAGAACUGGACCUGGACGCCAUUAAUGGACGGAACACACUGGUGAUCGACACACCUAGGGUGAGAAAGCAGACACGCCACUACAGCAGCGUCAAAGAGGAUGAGAUGCUGGAGUUUUCUGAGCUGGAAAGUGAUGAAGAUGAACACAGCAAACCUUCAACCAAACCUCGACGACCCCAGGACAAAACCCAGGGCUACCCCCGAUCUGAGUGCUUUAGAGUGGAGAAGAACCUUCUUGUCUAUGGUUGGGGUAGGUGGAGUGACAUCCUGUCUCAUGGUCGCUUCAAGCGCCCUCUGAAGGAGGCAGAUGUGGAAACAAUCUGCCGAGCCCUCCUGGCCUACUGCCUGCUGCAUUACCGUGGAGACGAGAACAUCAAAAGUUUCAUCUGGGACCUGAUUACCCCAAGUGAAGACGGGACAACCAAGACACUGACCAACCACUCUGGUCUUUCUACCCCAGUCCCCCGAGGCAGGAAGGGCAAAAAGGGGAAGCUUCCAGCCCCUCCUCCACAGACCCCACGUGCUGAUUGGCUGGCCAGCUGCAAUCCUGACCACUUGCUGCAAGAGGAUAGCUACAAGAGACAUCUGAAACAUCACUGUAACAAGGUGUUGCUGCGGGUGAGGAUGCUCUACUAUCUGAGACAGGAGGUCAUAGGCGACCAAGCUGAGCGCAUCCUGGAAGGAGCUGACUCCAGUGAGCUGGAUAUCUGGAUUCCCCAGCCCUUCCAUGCUGAGGUCCCAGCUGACUGGUGGGACAGCGAAGCCGACAAGUCGCUGCUCAUCGGUGUCUUCAAACACGGCUAUGAGAAAUACAACUCAAUGCGAGCAGACCCUGCCUUGUGUUUCUUGGAGCGGGUGGGCAUGCCGGACGCCAAGGCUAUCGCCGCUGAGCAGAGGGGCACUGACAUGAUGGCAGAUGGCGUCGAGGGUGAGGAUGAGGAUCCAGAAUACAAACCUCUCCGGAUGCCUUUUAAAGAUGACAUGGAUGAUUUUACCAACUCCCCUCUGGAUGACAAGGAUGACACUGCAGAGGGCGAGGCUGAAGCUAAGUCAGGUGAAAAUGGACAAAGUGCAGCCCCAGGGGGUGGGGCAUCUGGCCCCAAUGAGCGUCUCUAUUGGCCCGCUGCCUCAGCGUUGACUGCCCGUCUGCGUCGUCUCAUCACGGCGUACCAGCGCUCCAACCGCAGAGAGCAGCUUCGCCAGGAGGCCCUUAACCGACCCGAUGGCCGCCGCCGUCGACGCAGGGAUUUCAUGCCUUCCAUCGCUAUGGUUACUGAGGCAGGUGGAGGAGCAGCUUACAUCCAAGAUAGCGCAGGAGUUUUCAUGGCCGAAGGAAGCCCAUACUUGGCCAAGGGAAGUGCUUACUUUGCCAAAGGUGGUCAGUUUAUACCUGAGGCGUCACCAGUGAUGACGGCCAGUUCUCUAAUGGCUGAUGGAGCAAUGUACUACAAGGAGCGAAGACAAAGAUGGACUCGUCGUGAGGAAGCAGACUUUUACCGUGUUGUGUCGACCUUUGGGGUUGUCUUUGACACAGAGCGUCAGAAAUUUGAUUGGACACAGUUCAGGGCUUUUGCCAGGCUGGACAAGAAAACAGAUGAAAGCCUGGAGAAAUAUUACUACUCUUUCAUUGCCAUGUGUAAACGAGUGUGCAGAAUGCAGGUCAAGACCGAUUCCGCUGAACUCCCAGACCCGACCCUGAUCAUCGACCCUAUCACGGAGGAGCGUGCCUCUCGUACACUGUACCGCAUUGAGCUGCUCCGUCGCAUCCGUGAACAAGUCCUUCCCCAUCCACUGCUUUCUGAGCGCCUCAAGCUCUGUCAGCCUUCACCAGAUCUCCCCGAGUGGUGGGAGUGUGGCCGCCAUGACCGAGACCUCCUCUUGGGGGCUUCUAAGCAUGGUGUGAGCCGAACGGAUUAUCACAUCUUAAACGACCCCACCUUAGCCUUUUUGGAAUCCCACCAGCGUUUCACCAGCCAACGAGGUGCAGGCUUCACCAUGGGACCCCAGGGAGACGUCACCAAAGCAGUGAUGGAAAGCACUCCGGCACCCGUUCUCACUCCUGCAGAGCUGGCAAGUGCUGCAGCUGCUGCCAGAGAUGCUAUUAAUGCAGAGAAGGAGGAGACGGAAGUUACAGAGGUGAAGACUGAGGAACCGAAAGCAGAGGUGGAGGUGAAGAUGGAGACUGAGGCAGCCAAUGACAUUCCAUGUACCAAGACUGAAAUCCCUGAUGAAAAGAAGGAAAAUGAGGAAGAGGUUGGAGAAGGGAAAGAUGAAACCACUGCUUCACCAAGGAUGGAGGUCAAAGCUGAGGAGGAGGCCAAGCACAAAGUAGAAAAAGCUGAGACGGAAGAGCUGAAAGAGGAGCAGAAUGAAGGACAAGACAAGACUCCAGCUUCGGCAAAUGAUCAAGACAAAGAACCGAAGAGCGUGACCCCUGUUGACUCUCUCGGGGACCAAAAGGAGACAAGCACUGAUCUCCAAGAGCAGCCUGACUCCUCUCCGAAAGCACAAUCAGACCUGAAGACACCAGAGGAGGAAGAUGGAGAGGAGAGGGAUAAUGCCAAAUCUCCUAAAUCUCCAAAGUCUGCUGACAUAGAGAAGAGCCCAGAGGAGGAAGAGGAGGAGAGGAUGGAUGAAGACGACAAAUCAGAAAAAUCCUCUCAGGCUGAAGCGAGUGCUGCAUCUGAGCAGAAGAACUUUGAUGAGGAAAGCAUAGCAUCUUUGAGCACAUCAGCCCGAGAUGAAACCAGAGAUGGCUUUUGCCCAGAUGACCUACCUGAAACUUCUGCACUGCAGGUCUUACAGGAUCGUACUUUCGCCUUCUCAUUUUGGCCUAAGGAUCGAGUGAUGAUCAACAGGAUGGAUAACAUCUGUGAAGCCGUCCUGAAGGGCAAGUGGCCUGUCAACAGACGCCACAUCUUCGACUUCCCCAGCAACCUGUUGCCAGGACACGGCUCCACUGUAGCUGCGCCGGCUGUAUCCACGGCGACUGAGAGUCCGCUUCAGAGGCGGAGCUUGGCCGAGCUAGCGAUGGCGGGCAUGCAUACGGGUUACAGUGGAAGUGAAGAUACAACACUAUCACCUCAGGUUCAUGAGGAUGCUCUGAGCCUGACGGCGCCCCGACAGAGAAGGAGGAGGAGGAGAAAGAUUGAGAUUGAGGCGGAGAGAGCAGCCAAGAGACGCAACCUGAUGGAGAUGGUGGCUCAGCUGAGAGAGAGUCACGCUGCUGCCGAGUCACAGAGCCAGGCUAUCGAUCUGACAAAGGGUAUGCACCACCACCACAAGGCCUCUCCCUCAAUGGCGGGCUUCCCCAGUUCCCUGGUGACAAGCCCCUCUCUCAAGGCCCAGAUGGAGUUGUUACAGCAGGCCUCACCUUCCGGACACAGAGCUAAUGGUUCAUUGGACGCUGAGCUGCCCAUUAUGAGGAGGAGGCGUGGUCGCAGGAAAAAUGUGGAGGGUCUGGAGCUCCUGUUUAUGAGCAACAAGAGAGCAGGAGGGGACGAUACCGAUGGAUCAAAAGUUCCAGGCAUGGAUGGGGUUCAGGAAGCGGUCCUUGCCAACAGACCAAUCACUGUCCCUGAUCAGAGCCCUAAUGCCAGAUCUCUGGCCUCUGGCAGCCUGGAGGAAGAAGAGUCAGCAGUUUCCAACAAGGAGCUGGGAGAAUGGUUGAGGCAGCACCCUACGUACACCAUGGACAUGUCUGGAUUCACACCAAAGAGCGAUGAGUUGCUGCUGUCUCAGUUCUCUAAGCCCAAGCAGAAGCGCCAUCGCUGUCGAAACCCGAACAAGAUUGACAUCAACACCCUGACUGGAGAUGAAAGAGUACCUGUAGUGAACAGACGCAAUGGACGGAAGAUGGGUGGGGCCAUGGCUCCACCAAUGAAGGAGCUCUCCAGAUGGCUCCUAGAAAACCCAGAAUUUUCUAUUGCCCCAGAUUGGACAGAUAUCGUCAAACAGUCGGGUUUCCUCCCAGAAGCUAUGUUUGACCGCCUUCUGACUGGCCCUGUUGUUAGAGAAGAAGGUGUGCGUCGUCGAGGGCGACGACCCAAAUCUGAGAUUGCCAAGGCAGCGGCUGCCGCACAGGCGGCGGCAGCAGCUCAGGCUGCUCAGGCUUCACUGGCCACAGCUGCGUCAUCUGCAGGAGGUAUCAACCCUCUGCUGCUCAACAGUCUGUUUGGAGGGAUGGACCUGUCGUCUCUGCAGAGCCUCCAGUCUCUCCAGUUGGCUGCUGGUCUGAUGGCCUUCCCGGCCCCCACUGAUCCCAAACAGGCUGCUGCCAACGCUGCCGCUUCCAUGCUGCCCCUCAUGCUGCCCGGCAUGGGAGGCCUGCCCAACAUGGCCGCCGCCCUCCCCAACAUGUUCAGCUUAGGCGGGUUGUUUGGUGGUAACCUGGCAACAGCUGCAGCUGCUGCCGCCGCCGCAAACUCCACAGUCACCACUGCAUCAGGGAACACCAACGGAACAACAGAGGGUGGAGAGAGCGAUGAGAUGGUGUCAGCAAAGAGGAAGAGACAGGGAGAGCAAAAAGAGGAGGAUGUUGAAGAAAUGGGAGAGGAAGAGGAAGAGGAGGAGGCUGAGGGAAAUGAGGAAGGAGCUGUGAAAGCGAAGCGGAGGAAGAUGGAGAAGGAAGGCAAAGGAGCGGCAGAAAAUGUGGAGAAAUCACUAAAUGAUGCUGCAGCUCCACAGAUCCAAGCUGCAGAUUCGUCAGCAGACACAUCCAUCAACGGAGAUGCCGCCGCCCUGCUGGCUGCAGCCGGCAUGUCGGCCAACUCUCUGGCCUUCAACCCCUUCCUGCUCUCCACCAUGGCCCCUGGCCUCCUCUACCCCUCCAUGUUCCUACCUCCAGGCCUUGCGGGACUCAGCCUGCCCGGCUUCCCCACCGCCUCCACCUUGGCUGAGCUGCAGAGCGCCAUGGUCGGAGCGCUGGGUGGUAGCGCUGUGACCACAAACCCCCCAAGAGACGAGGACAAGAAGGAGAGCGCAAAAUCAGGCGAGGAGGAGGCGGCACAGGGAACAGAGAGUGACUUAGCUGAGGAGAAGGAGGGGGGAGCGGAGGAGGAGGAGGUUGCGAGAGGCGAGGCAGACGACUCAGCUGUGGAGGACGGAGGGAUGGGAGGAGAGGAGGAGGAGGAGGCAGCAGCAGAAGCGUCUCCGCUGAAGGACAAAAGUGACUGAAAUUAAACACAGACUGACUGGCCUUGGACAUUUCUUCACCUCUGACCUCUCCCUCCACCACGUUUACACACCUCCACAGAAAUAUCCAAACUAUUAAAGACCUGUGGUUUUUUUUGUUUUCUUCUUUAAAUUGUUGAUUUUUCUCACUCUUUGUUUAUUUUUUGGCCAGGUAUAUUUACUAUGCGUCAGAGAGGACAGGUGUGUGUUAAGUUAAAUCCCUCUGAUCGAUAGUUUAGUCAGGGAAAAUCCUCACAGCCGCAACCACAGAGUUCGGCUCCUGUUCAAAGACUGUUUCUCUUUCUGGUUGGCCUGUGUGUACUGUGAGCAGUGCACACACUUCUCUCCCACAAUCCCUCAAGUAGGACUUCACAAGGUUCCAAUAGUACUAUUAUUGUUAUUAUUAUUAUUAUUAUUAUUAUUAUUAUUAUUAUUAUUAUUAUUAUUGCUGCUUUCAGCUCUCAGACCGUGGUUAUUUUUAAGUUUGCUUCCUUCUUCUUCGUCUGGACUGUUUGUUGUUGGUUGCUGGCAGCAUCUCAUUUAAAGGAUGAAACGCCCGCCGGUGGCGCCCUUCUAUCAUUGGUUCUCAAAAACGGCAUUACAGCUAACCCGGGGCUGUCUGUCUGACAAAGCUGCUGCAAAAGGAAUUGAGAUAAUUUUACUGUUCUGAUCAGAGCAGGUGUAUUUGUUUUUGUUUUUUUUUUCUCUUUAAGUUCUCACAUAUCAGAUCAGGUAGACUCUGAGGAGGAAUACGAACCCAGACUGGCCUCAACUCAGUCUCACACACUGACGACCACAGCACACACAUUCAGCUAUCCCCCAAUACACACUAACCCCGACACCCUCUCUGUGACUGUUUCUGGUGUACGGGCCCACUCGUCCCUGCAGCUCUUUUCCUGUGAGUGUAUGUGUGUGCGCUUGUGCGUGUGCAUGCACGCUAACCCAAUACUGUUGAACCCAGUCCCACACUGUCUGAAUACCAGUCUUGAGUCUUUCCACUGCUGUUUCUAAAUCCUGUCUCUCCUUAAGAGGUGGCUGGUUUUGGCCUGUGAUUGGCAGGUGGGCAGGUCUUCCACCAAUCAGGCCUUGUGGUUGGUCAGGCCAGGCCAGCUGUCCCAAUGUGAGGUCUCUGUGAAUGGAUUUAGAGCAGUGUCCACACAGGGGUGUGAUGCUUCAGGUUGAUUUUUAUUCUUUAAAUGGGGCACAUGAGAUGAUUUUCACGGUCGCUGCCACAUUUAAAGAACUUUUUUUUUUCUUCACAUCCCAAUAAUUUCAGACCAAGUGCUGCUCCUUAGUGACCUUCUCUUAAAGACUGUUGCUCUAGUCAAACACACUGACACCAGGCCUGGCCAAAACAGGACUGAGACACAUUUUCCACAGAGUUGCAUAUUCAUACGUUUCUCUGUCUAUAUGAAGUUCAACGCUGGAGUCAGUUUUAAAUACUUGAAAAGCGCUGGUGGUGCUUGAUUUGUUUUGUGCCCAUUCCUGAGGACAGUUCACGUGUCUGAGAUGAGUCAAGCACCUGGAGUUGUUCAAAUAUUUGAAAGUACAUUCACACAUACUGUGGCCAGGUCUUAUUAACGUUUGCUAUCACAGCCAGCCCAGCACAUGCAGAGAAAGCAGGCACAGCUUCCACUGCAGAGCCUCGGUUCUGUCUGUGGGAGCUGGUGGAACGUUGGAGCUCUGUGGAAGUCACCUUCCCUGUCAAAGAGCCUCGUUCUCCUCUCUGAUGCUGAGACAGCAAUAACCAAGGCAGCUUUUGAAUGUUCCAACAUCACUCACCCAACACACACACACACACAUACACACACACACACUAUAUGAAUAACCACAAGUGUCGUAUGAAUAGAAAAACAAAACUAAAACUGUAAAUGAUGACAAAUAAGUACUGCAAUCAAUUUUGUCUCACUCUGUUCCUGUUGAUGCACUGGUGUUAAAGAGUUAAAAUAAUCAGGUACCUUUAUUACUUAGCUACUUUUCUUGAAAAAAAUGGACUUUUUGUUACUUUUAGCCAGCAAGCUGAAGAGCAUUACCUCAAAAUUCUUAUCUAGCCUUGAAGUUUACAGACAUACCAUGUAAAUGUUUUUUUUUUUCCUUUUUUUGGUGUGUGUCUUUUUGUUUUGUUUUUUGGAGACAUCAUGUAUGAUGAAUUGUAGCUAUGAUGCUUUUAAUAAAAGUGAAUCAUGAUAUUCGCCUAGGAAACCAAACUUGAGGCUGCAUCUCAUUAUUUGACUUUUAUUCACUUUAAAGCUCACACGUGAAAUGUUUGUGAAAAUGUACAAGAAAUGCAAAUUUAUCAGAACCCACUCCUAAAAAUCUACAGGGUAUGUAACAGUACAUUAUGUAAUAACUGUAAUACUGUAAUAACAUUUGCAUUUUGUAAUAAACAGGCUGAAUACAA